AUGGAAACUGCCGCAGAAAAGGCGCAGCAGCGCAUCAUCCACUUGCGAGGGAUUAUUGCCUAUGGCAAGACGCAACCCAAAAAGUUCCGGCCCCAUUUCCUCCAAAAAUGGGAGGACGAGAUUGCCAGCCUUUUGCCGAUCGCCAACCCUUUGCCGGCGUCGCCAAACCCAGAGACGAGUGCCGUUCCUGGAAAAGAGGAAGAGAAGAUUGCCGAACUGAGCGGAAGCCGGUGGGUUCCCAAAAGUGCCCUCAUGAAGAAGUACUUUGGAAACGAAUUGCCGCUGCCAUCUACGAGACCAUCAAUGUCUCCACUCCAACAAACCCUUGCCCCUGCCUCGGUCGCGACCAACGAGAGGGAGACAACUGCCGGGCCCAUCAACGGCCUGUCGAGAGCCGACGCUCACCGUGCCGCAAGGAAUGCCUGGUACAAGGAGCAUGGCCUGGAUCCCAACGAUGAGAUCAGCGGGUGGAAGUACGCGGAAUUCCGGCGACGUGGGGGAAGAUGA